CACUACCCAACACUUUGCGGCUGUUUUGUGUAUUGAACUGCGGGGAACUACUUUUCUCUGCGUUCUCAAGGAGCUUUAAUUUGCAAUUUUCGUAUAAAAACAGGAUCGCACCGAAAGGUAUCACCGCAGAAUCGAACACGAUUUCGAGAGAAAAGGAUCCGUCUGUGAAGUGCUAGCAGUAAAGUGUGUCUUUGGAGAAAUAAAUAUUUUCGUAAAUUCUUGCGCGAUGAAUUUCUUGCGUACAGCAGCAUGCGAAAUUGCACGUAGCACAACGGGCGUGCAGCAUCACUCGCGUAUGCUGACGCUGCUGCGAUCACGUAGCGCCCGGACCUACUGCUCGAACAAGCUGGAACCGAAGCCUGAACCACCAAAGGCCCCCUCGGCCGCAUCUUCCGGAAGUGGCAAUGGAACGCACAUCAGUUCCCACACUCACUCACCAAAUGCGCUGGAAAAGCGGAUGCUAGUAUUCACGAAACGAUACAAAUCGAUCGAAGAGGUGCCGAACUUCAUCAGCCAGGAAAAGAUGGAACGCGUUCGAAAUCAGGUGCGAAUCAAAGUGGCCAACUACAUGAUGAUUGCUACCGCCAUCGGCUGCAUCAUAAUGGUGAUCAGUGGCAAGAAGGCGCAGGAGCGCGGAGAAUCGGUUUCGCAGAUGAACCUCGACUGGCACAAGGAAUACAACGAGAAGGCUCGCGCUGACUACGAGGCAUCUGUGGCGGCUGGGGCGAAGAAGUAGAAGUAUUUCUCCUUCCCUGUAAAAUGCCACCGUCGAGUGGAUCCGAAAAGGAUUGUGAGGUUUUCCUAUUAAGUGUUGAUGUCUCAUAGCGGAGUUGUUUUUUAAAUGUAUCAUCAUGUAAAUACACUAGUAAAGACCCAACUGCUGUUUUGGGGACUUACACGCGCAUAUAAUUAUGCUCUUUUUAUUAUGCGACCUAAAAUAAACAUUCCGC